GUUAGGAGAGAGAGGGGAGGGCGAGGGAAAGUAGAAUGGGACUCAUCAAAACAAUUUAAAUUACGAUGUCAAUCAAUCCUCCCCUGCCCAAGAUUAACACAAUCAAACAGAAAUAAAUUCGCAGCUCUGCGCUUGUCGAGGAGUCACCUUCUGAUCUCUGCAAACAAUUCAUUGUCGAACAGCGAACACGAAGAUGAGUGCGGAACCCAACAAUAACCAGGCAAAGGCCGAUGUCCCAGAGGAAGUGGUGGAACCAAAACCUACAACUGUGGAGGAGCCAAAAUCUACAACUGUGGAGGAGCCAAAAUCUACAACUGUGGAGGAAUCAAAAUCUACGACUGUGGAGGAGCCAAAAUCUACAACCGCAGAGCAACCAAAAUCUACAAUCGAGCAAGAUCCAAAGCCUUCAACAACGGAAUCAUCGCCAGUACAGAUCGAUGACUCAACUCCAAUUCCACAAAUCACAACCGAAGAACCAAAACCUACAGUCGCAGAGCCAUCAACAACUGAAUCAGUAACCGCGGAGCCCACUACGGAACAACCCCAGGAAGCAGCCGUCAAGCUAGAAUCUGUCAAAGAGGCCGACGCGGAAGCAGCCGCCAAACUAGAAGCUACCAAAGAUGCCGAUGUGGAGAAAGCAGCUUCAACCUCUCAACACUCAGUCUCAUUCGAUAAGGCUACCAAGACCCACGAUGGCUCGCCAUUGUCCAAAUUCUAUUCAGAAUUGCCGGCAAUCCUCGAGGCAGCUGAAUACAAUGAGAUGUGGGGCAUCGUACUUGAUCCAUCGGAAACUCAUGUUCAAACAAGUAUUGUCCUCGAAAAAUUCUUGCGAGCAAAUGCAAAAGACGUUCCUAAAGCCAAGGCUCAAUUGAUCGAGGCUUUGAAAUGGCGAAAGACGAUGCAACCACAAAAGCUCUUGGAAAGUACCGAGUUCGACAAGGUAAAGUUUGGUAACUUGGGAUAUGUAACGUCUUAUAAUACCACCGAGGGCGGCAAAGAAGUCAUCACAUGGAACAUCUAUGGGGCAGUCAAAGAUGUUAAGAAGACGUUCAGUGAUGUUCCCGAAUUUCUCAAAUGGAGAGCAGCGCUCAUGGAAUUAUCCAUUAAGGAACUGGACCUUGCCUCAGCAACAGAGAAGAUACCCGAAAAUGGCCCUGAUCCAUAUCGUAUGAUCCAAGUCCACGACUAUCUCAAUGUCAGUUUCCUACGAAUGGACCCCAGUAUCCGUGCUGCAUCCAAAGAGACAAUCCAAACAUUCAGCAUGGCUUAUCCUGAGCUUUUGAAGGAGAAAUUCUUUGUUAACGUUCCCUUGGUGAUGGGCUGGGUGUUCACGGCAAUGAAGAUCUUUUUGAGCGCCGAUACAAUCAAAAAGUUCCACCCACUCAGCUAUGGAUCCAAUCUUGGCAGUGAAAUUCCUAAUGUUGCUGAGCAAUUACCAAAGGAGUACGGAGGAAAGGGGGGAGAACUGAAGAGUGGUCUCACAGUCAAGUAUUCUGAGGGAGAAGCCUCGAAAACCGCCUAGAAAGAUGCAAUUAACGGCACGAUCUAUGGUCUAGUUCGAGGGGAUGUAAUGUCAUGGGCGGCUAAUGUUCUGGAGAGGAACCAUUCGGUUUACAUUGGGGCGUUCAAUAUAUCCAUUGCUUUGUAGUUGCUCAUCGAAGUUUAUAAGCUUCAUCUGAUACCUUAUGUAGCAAAAGAAACCAUAAUAUAAUAUAAUGACUAUGAUAUAGUCUGCGUUGUGCAAACGUUUGUCGAAUCUAUACAGAUACUUGAUGCAUGUUAGCA